GCUGUGUUAAAGUCGUAUCUACAUGUGUUUCUGUGUCUCAGAGAGAGAGAGAGAGAGAAAGAGAGAGAGAGAGAGAGAGAGAGAACUUUGAUUAAAGCAUAGUAUAGAUGUGUAUAUAUUGAGCCCGAUCUAAUUCUUGUCUGCUUCUCUCUUCCCUCUUCGUCCUCCGAAACCAAAGUUUUUCCAAACCAAAUGUGUUUUUAUAUAUUUCUUUUUUUUUUUUUGAUAAAGUCCCCAAAUCUUAAAUUAAUUAUCAUGCCGUUUUGACAUGGUUAUAUGUAUGUUAAGAACUAUAUAUAUAUAUAUAUAUAUAUAUAUAUGUAUGUACGCAUGUACAUGAUGCAUGAAGUAAAUGCUUGAUGAUUAUAGUUGUACGCUUCUUUCUUCAUUUUCAAGCCUUCCUUGAAUCGUUUCUGAUCAGAUUACUUUGCUCUUUUUCCAUCAUCAUGUCUGCAUCUCCUUAACCAAAACCUAUCUAGGUAUUUAUAUAUUUACUUACAUAUUUUCCUCUUCUCUCUCUCUCCCUCUCUUUCUCUCUCCUCUUGAUAUGAAGAAGAGCAACAGCGAUCUAAUAGGUUCAAAGCUCGAAGAACAUGGGUUUCUUGGAUCGAACCAUUGCCCUGGUUGCGGACACAAGCUCCAGAUUGCUAAACCAGACUGGAUGGGAUUACCUGCGGGAAUGAAAUUCGAUCCGACGGAUCAAGAACUAAUCGAACACUUGGAAGCAAAAGUGAAAGGAAAUGAUGGACAUUGUAGAUCUCACCCUCUCAUUGAUGAGUUUAUCCCCACCAUCCAAGGAGAAGAUGGGAUAUGUUACACCCAUCCUCAGAAACUUCCAGGAGUGACACGAGAUGGCUUGAGCCGGCACUUCUUCCACAGGCAGUCAAAGGCGUACACCACCGGAACAAGAAAGCGCCGGAAGAUCAACGGCGAUUCCGGCGCCGCAGAAACCAGAUGGCACAAGACCGGCAAGACCAGACUGGUCAUGGUCAACGGUCAACGAAAGGGUUGCAAGAAAAUCUUGGUUCUGUACGAAAACUUCGGCAAGAACCGGCGACCAGAGAAAACCAGUUGGGUGAUGCAUCAGUACCACUUGGGAGUCGACGAGGAAGAGAGAGAUGGAGAGCUUGUGGUGUCUAAGAUCUUUUACCAGACACAACCAAGGCAAUGUGGUUGGCCUCACGACAAUAUUGAUCUUCCUCGGAUGAUCAAUGGAACUCGUUCGAUCACUUCCAAGGAGAUGGGAACUGCUACUGAUGCUAGGGUUUACUCUCGUGUCGGGGAUGACAUCUCUGCCGUUGACUUUUCGAGGGUUAUGCCAUUUAGGAAUGGCUUCGAUCAUCAUGAGUGCGAAAACAAUGGCGGAUCAUCAUCAUCAUCAUCGUCAUCGCAUCAUCAUCCUUACCUGAUGCAUGAUCACGGCCAUUAUCAUCAACAUCAUCAAUUGGGAGCUAUGAGAAGCGGUCUCCAUAUAUCAUCAUCAUCAUCGUCAUCAUCACUACAUCCAAGUACCAUCCGUACCAUCAUGUCUCACUCUGCGUUGGAACAUAACUUGGUCCUCAACGCUGAUGAGCAGUCCGUCAAUGUACCCGGAAUCAUCCUUCCAAAUAUGCCCUUUCAGCAGCAAGAAUAUUUGGAAGGGCGAUGUGAUUCAGGAUUAGAAGAACUGAUAAUGGGUUGCAAUUCAGCCACUUUCAUCAAAGACGGAAAUUCAGAGCCAAAUCCACUAGAGGCCGAAUGGUCAAAGUAUUAAUUCUUCUCGCUCGAGUCCCACAACCGACCACGAUCAUAGGAAACCAAAAUAUUACAAUUCGUUAUUUACGAAAUCAAAGCAAAAAAAAAAAUGUACAAAUAAUGUUUUACCUGCAUUUAAUGUAACAAUAUAACACGAUCACUACUGUUAAUUAAUACUAUAUAUAACAUCGAAAUCAAGACAUUUGGACUUGUUUAUAUCAUGUUACGUUUGGAAUAUAGUAUGUGAUAAUGAAUAUUGUAUCCUUCUUUUGAAUUUUUUUCGUAUA